UAGCAAUAUAUAGCCAGCUUAUAUUUGAUAACUAGAGAAGAUUAUUUUGUUUUGUUAUUUGGUUACCAUGGUUAUUGAAACAUAUUACACUUAUUUCUUAACCUGAAAAUAUUCUCGGAUUAAUUUUGUACUAUUAAUAGUUUCAUCUUUUUUUACAAAAUAUUUUAUUAACAUUUAUUCUCAUGUCAUGUUUAAAAGAUACUCAGCCUGAUUGUAGGUGUCAAUAUACAUUAACAUUGACAGAUGAAAUAGUUCAUGAAAAGUUUUCUGAAAUGAAAGACAGUUUCAAUCAUGUGCCCAGUAUACAUGAGGUGGAUGAAGAAGAAACGGAUGAAGAAAAUGCUUGUGAUUUAGAAUUAAAAACUCCAAAAGAUAUUGAACUAGCUGCAGAUCAAUUAAAAGAUACUGCAGAUACUAUAGAUGAAGAUUCUAUUUAUAGUAAUGAUUCAUUCUGUUCUGAUGAAUCUUGUGAUGAAUCUGAAGAAACUAAUGGUACAUUAAGAUCACUUAAUGAUUCUAAUUUUUCUCCUCAUCCUCAAAUUAGUACGCGCAAAUUUAGUCACGAGGAAAUUAAAAACGAACAGGAAAAAUCUGAAAAUAUAACGCAAAACAAUGAAAUUAUAAAUUCUAUUGGUAGAAGUUCAAUAUCUGAAGAUAAUUCCAUAGGAAUCAAACAAAUAAAAAAUAGAAGAAAAAAUAUGAGUUUUACAGAUGAAGAAAUACGAAAAAUCGAAUGGGAGAAUCAAAUUCUAUUAAGAAAGAUAAUGGCACAACAGAAACCAAAAGAAAAAGUAUUUUAUGAAAAUAUCCCACCAUCAAGAAUAAGUAGUUCUGCAAUAAAUAGAAAGAAAUUACAAAAGAAAAUAGAAAAUGAAAAUAUAUUAUUGCUUCAAAGGAUACAACAAACUAAAUCACGAGUUAUGAAUAAUAUGACAAAACCUGGUUGUAGACAAACAAUCUUAUAAUCUAUAACACAUAAUUAUAAUUUUAUGCAUUUUAUAUUGAUAGAAAGUU